CUUCACACGAUAUUAAUCCGUAUAAUGGAGCAUGCAAUCCAAUUUGACUGUAAAAACGCUUUGUGAAGUGCCUGCAGCUCUGAGUUGUUGUAUUGGGUUGUUCAAUCUGAUUAGUUGUGGAGAAAGCCUUUUGGCGGCUUACAAAGAUAUUUGCGCGCACUAAAACCGGGUGAUUUAAUAAUUUUCAGCGCGCGCUUUAACAUUUUUCUCAACGUUGCUUCGGAGUUAUGUUUCAUUUACCUGCUUUGUAGUUCUCUUUAAAUGUCUCAUGGUAACGCAUACAAUACUGGGAUCCACAUUAACAAAAUAUUAUGGAAUAUGGUAAUACAAACAUGAGCGGUGGACAACAGAUAUAUGUUUCACAAUCCCAAGAGCCACCUAGGGUGUCAGGGUGUAAUCCUCAACACCUUGCAAAUACUUUCCAAGGAGUUGAUUGCAAUUCACCUAACAGGAAUUAUGGACCUUAUUCACAGGCUUAUCAGUCUCAUGAGUAUAGUGAACCACACGCUUCCCAUACUGCUGUACCACAGGCGGUUUAUCAACAGUCUUACUCUAAUGAAGUUCAUGGACAAAGCUUGACACUCAACCAAUUAUUACAACAAAAUAGUUCUUCAGGUACAUAUCAAGUCCGCGCCAUGAAUACCACACAUCCAGUUUAUCGGAGUUAUGAUCCCUAUUACACUUAUAAACCCGGUGCACCUUCAUGCGUGUCACAAGAUCGAUCUCAGGCAAACUCGUAUUCUUAUUCUGGCGCUCAACGUUUCGCUGAUCCAUAUACUCGAUCGUAUCUUCCAUACCCACCUGGUCUGAAUCAUCCAUAUUAUCCACAUUCGCAGCCUUUGAUACAAAGGACUCGCGCGCCUCAACCUCCUAAUAUGGAAUAUCCGAUUGCAAACUCUUGCAAUCAAUCCAGACCACCCCAACCCACUCCACCUUUAGUAGGUACUCCAAAUCAAGUUGAGCGCCCACCAUCAAGGAAUAUCAAUUAUACCAUUAGUUCAUCUCAUGCUGCAUUCCAAAAUACACAGAUUUCCUCCCCAGUUUACUCUACUGGGUCUCAAGUGUCAUCCUGGUCACCGCAUACUGCUACUUUUGGAUCCCCACAACAUAUUCAGUCUCAACCGAGACGUAGUUUAUCAAGAGAUUAUCAACUUAAAACAAAUGAUGGGUUGUCUGAAUCUCCCAACACUAAUAAUAAUAGUUCUGCGAGACCUGAUAGUCAGAAUGAGGGCACACCUAAUACCUUUGAAGACAUAGUGUGUCGUCCUCAAUCAAGACUAAGUGAAUCUGGAAUAUGCUCCACUCCUAAAAGUGCAACAUCAUGUACUAAAGAUCAGCUUGAUGGUCAAAACGCUACUUCGUCUGUUGAGACAGUUGUACAAAAUUCAAGCACUGACGGAAUGCAACGACCCCAUGUAUCUACACCAUCCAGUUCUCUUGCUAACAUAACUGUCAGUGUACUAUCUGUAGUAUCAAGAGAAACAUCUCCAACUCAGAGUUAUCCAUCCUUUGUACAAUCUUCAAUGCCAUCAUCGUCCCCUAUGAUUUCGUCACAAAUGGGCAAUAUUCAGGUUCAACCGUCUACGUGUCCAAGUCCUGGCCAAUCGAAAGGAUCACAGCAAGUCAGUCAAACCGCAGUACCAUCACCUCGCCCAUACGGAAUGAUAAACCAGGAGUUAGGCGGUGGGAUUCCACGAAUGAAUUAUCCCUCAUAUCCUCCUCCGCAUCCACAAGCUUCACUUCACAAUAGUCCUUACUCAACUAGUGGUCGUUCACCUGGUUUUUCUCCAGCUGCUUAUCCUUUACGCUCUCCAUCAAUGCAUCCAUCUAAUUGUAUGCCUAAUAGACUACAAUUUCAACCACAGUCUUCUAGUGCACCAAUCAGUUCUAUGCCACCACCGCCAACAUUGCCGCCAUCGUCUUUAUUAUCGAACCAAUCAUCUGUUGGUGACAAUAAUGGACCUUCUCAACCACCAUUCACACAGGUUCCACCAUAUUCAACACCGGUUUCUUCCACUGGUGGUGGAUAUGGGGCAUCAUCGGGUCAAGCCCACGGUUCUCAUCCAUCUUGGGAUCAAGAAUUUCCCUAUCAACCACCACAACCAUCACAUCCUGGCAGUGUGUUUCAUCAUCAGUUUGGUACUCGUCCACCUUAUCUUGGACCAUCAACAGAUCGAGGAGUUGGUGUUAGUGGCGGUGGUUAUUCUGCCCCUUCAAUUUCUAACUCUAAUGUUUCGAAUUCGAUACAACAUAAUGGACAACAUGUACAACCUUUAGCCACUGGACCAUUUCCUCAUAAUCAAUCUCUAUCAUAUUCGAAUCAUCAUGGUCAAUAUCCGUAUUCACAGUCUCAAAUGUCGUAUCCUCAUCCUCAGCCUCAAUAUAUUCAUCCUUAUUCACAUAGUGGGCAACCUAGCGGAGGCCCUCCUAUCUUGCAACAACAGCAUCCUCAGCACAUGGUGCCACCUCCAACUAGUAGCGCUACUGCAUCCCCUUACCCUUCAUCAAUGCUCAAUAGAAAUAAUAAUAAUAAUGAUAGUAAUAAUAAUAAUAAUAACAAUAAUAAUAGUGCAUCACCAUCGCCUCAGCAUAUGCCGAAUUCCAGAGAAGGAUUCCAUGUACAUUAUCCUCAUGAUGUACAACAUUCUGCCGUAUCUUCCACUUCUUCGUCAAAUGAGAAUUUUGUCACAUCAGGUGGAUUUCCUCCAAAUGGUGGUAGUGUUGGAUCACCUGGAAUUAUUCGACCAUCAUCUAUCAUGAGUAAUAAUAAUAAUAAUAAUAAUACUAUCUCUAAGCCAAGUCUUAUCACUGGAGGAAAGAUAGUCAAAGUUGAUCCAUCAAUUCGUCCGGUUAAUCCUAGCUGUCCUACUUCAAUUUCAUCUCAAAUUACUGUUAGUCAGACUGGUGUGACACCUAGUGAACUCAACUCUGUUCAUGUUCCACAACAAUUUCAAAAUCGCUUAGGUCAACAGUCCAAUCAUUCUCAACUUCAACAGUAUCCAGGAAUGGGAAAUUAUCCUUCAGGAUUAGGACUUGGUCCACUUGGAUCUCAGAGUAGCGGUACUCUUAAUAACAUUAUUGGCAGAGACACAUUGCAAGGGUCCCCGUCAUUUCAAGGCUAUCAACAACAGUAUCAUUCACCUUCAAACUCACAGAUCCCACACCAACAAUCUCAAAAUACUGCUAGUUCAUCUGGUAAUCAAAGUUCAUUAUAUUCGACCGAUGAGACACAUUCAGAUGUUGGGUCUAAUCAUCAACCCUUAAGUAAUGUAUCUAGUCAAAGUCUUACUGGUUUUCAUAAACUUAUAGAGAUGGGAACGGAACCUGAGCGGCGUCCAUGGCUUGAACACUACAUACGUUAUAUGGAUGGUAUUGGAAAGCCAGUUGCCGGUCUUCCGCAAGUGGUCAAACAACCACUGGAUCUUUAUCGAUUAUAUGUAGCUGUUAGGGAACGUGGUGGUGUAGCAGAAGUAAUAAAAGGUCGAAGAUGGAAAGAAAUAAGUCAAGCACUGAAUAUCAGUGCAUCUGCUUCAGCAGCAUAUGCCUUACGCAAAAAUUAUUGUAAAUUCCUGCUUGAGUAUGAAUGUCGUUUUGAUCGUGGUGGUAUUGAUCCUCGUCCAUUGCUCGCUCAUAUAGAGAAUUUAUCGGGAAAAAAGAGAAAAUGUUCUUCAGUUGAUAGUGAUCCCAAUAGUAUUUCUAGUGGUUUGGCUCCUCCUGCUCCCCCAUCACCAACUGGAAGUCAUUCUUCGGCAUCGUCCAGCCUUUUACCUCCUGGUAGCAGUGGUGCUUCAUUGUCUGGAGGACCAAGUGGAACUGCUGGAAGUGCAGCAAGUGAUAGUCAGCUUGGUCCUCCAUCUCAACAGCAGCGUUUUAGUGAUCAAGGUCAACCAGGUAGUGUCUCUACUGUCCCUGAAAGUCCCAGCGCUAUCCCAAAUAUCCCUAGUCCACCUGGAAUGUCAGGACAAAGCAGUAAUUCGUACCCACCACCAUCUUCCGGUCCCACUCCUAAUGUUGCUUCACCACAACGUCCUUCAUGUGCUGUAAUCAGUGGUUAUCCAAGCAUAUCUCUGUCUACUUCGGAUAAUAAUUGUUGUCCAUGGUCAUGGGCUUCUGAAAAUAAUAACUCUGAGCCUACCAUUUAUCGGCAACCACCAUCAGCGUCAGAGCCAGUGGCAACAGGACAAGGUCUUAUAUUGACAAAUCGUGAAACUACCUCAUCUCAAUAUACUCAAAGUCGUAUGGGAUCUGGGAAUCUACCACCUAAUAACAAUAUCCCACCUUCAUCAGCUAUGUAUGUUGGCAUGCCUUAUUCUACUUGUGCAUCAGGUGCUAUGGUAGGUGGGGAACCUAUGACACAGCAUAAUGUUAAUCCAUAUCUAAAUCAAGGUCCUCCAUUUGCUGCAAAUCCAUUGCAUCCCAUGCUCAACCAACAUCUUGGUCCUCCACAAACCAUAGAGUACUCAUUUCCAGGAUCUCAAACUCCACUCCAUCCUCGUCAUCCGAGUGGUCACUCCUUCCGUACACCGUCUUUCAAUCCGGUUACUCCACCUGGUGGUGUUGGUGGAGAAUCAAUUGCACUGCUUCGUAUGCAUCAAAUACGUUCAGGAGCUCCCCAUAUGCCCCCAUAUAUUCCCGGUGUUACUGCCUCUCCAUUAUGUACUAGUAGUACUACUAAUAAUAGUAUCAUCAAUAACAACAACCUGAAUCAUACCACUCCUGUGCCACCCCACAUAAUUCAUCAUAAUCAGCGACCAGGAUACGUUACCACUAUUUUAAAACGCUUGGAUCAUUGUGCUUUCCCUCCAGGCAGUAUUGAAGCUACACCUAUUGAUUCACUCCGACGUCGACGAUACCGAGCAAAAGAUUUGGGCACUAUUGCACCAUUCAAAUUAUUGAUGGCUCUUCGAUCAGGAUUAACAGCUGAAGUAUCUUGGGCAUUAAAUUGUUUAAAUAUUUUAUUGAGAGAUGAAAAUGGAUUAGAUUUCAUUGUUCCAAGUGCAUUGCCUGGUCUACUUACCAGUUUAGUCGAUUUAUGGCGUCACACAUUAGGUGAAUUAUUUGAUCAUAAGUUAUUUAUUACUACUUUGGAGCUACCUACUGACUUAUCAACCAUUUCUCCGUCACUAUCAUGCACUGAGACCAAACAGAAUUUAGUGCUGAAAAAUACUUCACAAUACAAUAGUCCACUCAAAUUUAACCUGACACAUGUCAAUGUUAUGAAAAACAAAUCUUACCUUACUGAUUCAUCUAAUGAUCAUAAUAUUAAUAACAAUAGUAGUUUAAGUCAAUUGGAACGUGAAAUAAGUCGAAUUGCUGCUAGUAAAAAUGUACCAUUGUCUGCUGUGCGUGCUGGUUUACGUCGACUGCUGAACAAAUGCAAUGAUUCGAAAUCUAGCAAUAUUCCUAUUCGUUUACGUAAUGGUUUAAUGUUACCAUUGGAAAAUUUAUCUACCAUAGUACCAGUCAAUUCAUUGACAAUAACAGCAACAACAACCUCUUGUAAUUCUUCACAUCGCUUAGUUGAUACAAACACAAGUUCUGUAGGAUCGUCUAUAAGUUAUCGAUCUAGGAAACGUGGUAAACAAAUGUCGGCUUCAGUGUUCUCGUCAUCAGCAAUAACAACAUCGUCAUCAUCACCACAUUUUAUACCUACAUGUGUUGUUGGUCAUAUAACAACAAGUGAACAACAGCAUCCUUACAAACUCUCUAAUAUAAACAUGCCAACAGCUAACCUAAUUAAAUCUAAUUACAAUAACGGUAGCAGUAAAGUGACUUGGUCAUCUCCACAAGUGACAUCUAUUGUAGACAGUUUACGAUCACCGGAAGCUUGUUCAAAUUUGAGGGAUUUAGCGCUCUAUGUUAUUGACACUUUGCUUGAAUCAUCAAAUAGUAACAAUAACAACUGUACAUCAUCUGAAAUGAAUAGUAGUAAUACUAAUCUUGAUGAUCAUCACCAAUUAAAUCCGAAAAUAUCAUCAUCAUUAUCGUGUUUGACGAAAUCCUCCGGUAUGCUGUUACGACAAUUAAUUGAGAAGGGUGGUGGCGAUACAACAUGUCAUAUAAUGCCACCAUUUGGUGCUUAUGCAUUUCAAAGUUCACAUUGGAUGAAUGAACAAGAGAAUAAUAAUAAUAAUAAUAAUGCAUUGUAUUUUGAUAAUGAUUAUUUGCCUAAUUUAACAGAAUGUUCCACAAAUUCAUCUCCAGUAAUAGUUGUUGGCGGACAUUCUUAUUCAUUAAUAAAGCAACCUGUUUUAAGUGAUGAAUUAAAUGAUGUAUCGAUGACCAAAAUGAAUGAAUCCGAAGAAGAAGAUGAUGAACAGUCACUGUCUAAUAAACGUUUACGUCGUACGUCUUCUUCGUCUCUUCCUUGUCCUACACUAUCACCUCAACCAGUAUGUGAUAUAUCUGAAGAUAAUAACAAUGGUAGUAAUAAACUCUUAGAAUUGAAUAAUGUGACUAGUUCUGUAUGUGAUAAUUAUGAUGAUGAUGAUGAUGAGUUGGAAUUUUCCCAAUUAAUCGAUGAAAAUGGUUGUUGUCCACUUCGUGCUCGUGAAGAACUGGUUCAUUAUGGUUCCGUGUGUCUAUGGCCGAAUCAUAAUGAAGCUGACAGUUAUGAAGCCCGUGCUGUUCGUUGUUUAUGUGUUUCAACUGUUUUACGUAAUCUUUCAUUUAUCAAUACAGUUGAACGUCAAUUGAGCAAACAAAAAGGUGUGUUGGCUUUAGUUGGACGAUUAAUGUUAUUUGGACAUGAGCAUGUUGGAGAAAAUGAUACAUGGAAAGUAGUAGAAGAAAAAGCUCAUGCUUUAGAAUCUAGUUUUUGUGCUUGGUGGACGCCUACAUGGUUAGAAGAUAUGCGAGAAAAUGCUAUGGUACUAUUAGUUAAUGUCGCUGGUUAUUUAGAAUUAAUUCAUUUUGAUGAGUCAAUAGUACGUCCUAUUCUGGAAGGUCUCUUACACUGGAUAACAUGUUCAACAUCAGCCUCAGUUGAUCCUUUCCCAGGACAUCGAACUCUUAGUCCUCGUCGUUUAGCACUUGAAGCUUUAAAUCGUCUAUGUGUACAUGAAACAAACGUAGAUCUUCUAUUGUCUACUCCUUCCGACGAAAAAGUUCUUAUUAAACUAUUUGAUAGACUUGCUACUUGGCUUGCUGUACCAGAAGAUCAAGUGACACGUGAAUUAGCUUUAUCUACAAUGCAUUAUCUUGCUGGUGGAGGUGCUUCAUUUUCUAUCUCUUCUGUAUCUUCAAAUAUUGGGAAAGGUACUACUAAUGAAACAAAUGCAUCUUCAGGGAUAUAUAUUGGUACAACUAUGCUUGCUGGUGCUAAACCUUGUCCUAUAUCUGGAUUACUAUCAUUUAUUGAAGCGGCUGAAGCUACGACCAGGCGAGUGAUUGAUCAAUAUGGUGUACAAGCUCUACAAGAAAGACCAGAAUUAAUGGGGACAAGCUUAGAAAUGGUCCGUCGUGCAGGUGCUCUACUUGAUAGACUAGCUAUCGAUUCUAAAGGUCGAUUAGCUUUCACACCAGAUUUAGAGCUACGUUUAAUGGAUCUAGUAACUUCACGGGUACUUGAUGCUACUGUUGCACAUCUUUUAUGUGGUGCACUACAUCGUUUACUUCCAGGUUUUCAUCAACUAGAUAGUAAUAAUAAUGAUAGAAAUGUAAAAAUGUCAACAAUUCCACCGAUCCCAACACCUUCUGCUGUAGCAGAACUUUUAGCACAGUCCUCAGCCGUAACUGUCGUACUGCCAGAGACACUGGUAGUUUCGGAUCCAACCUCACAAGAAUUGUCCACUACUUCAAGUCAUAAAUAUGUAAAUAAAGAAGAUCUGGUCAAUAAACAAUCACAACACCAACAACAACUGUCAACAAACGGAAUGACAGGAACGACAACAAUAUGCCCUGACACCGAUAAUCAGACUCAUUCACCAAUGAACAAUCCAAUUAGUGAUAAUGAUAAUAAUAAUAAUACAAUUAAGGAAACCGAUUCAUCACUUUCUGCUAAUAAAGAUUUAACAACAAUGAUUGAUAACAAUCUUGAUGAGCAUAAUUAUAAGGAUUCUGUAGAUAAUAAAAAAUUCCCAUUAAAUAAUUGUAUGAAUAAUAAUAAUAAUAAUAAUAAAUCACCAAUCGAUAAACCAGAUUCUGUGAAUACACUUUCAGAUGACUCUGUAAUAAUGAUUGAAAGUAAAAAACAGAUUAAUGGGUCUGUUGUCAAUAAUAAUAAUAAUAAUGAUAAUAAUGAUGACGAUAGUGUAAAUUGUUAUAGAAAUGAAACAUUGGAUUUUCGAACUAAUUUAACAAUAAAUGAUUGCGGUACCAUUACUACUACUACUACUACUACUACUACCACUACUACUACUACUACUAAUAGUACUAAUACUAAUUAUAAUACAACUACUACUACUUCUAUGAAUAAUGAUGUUGUUAUUGAUCACAAUAUUUAUUGCAAUAAAGCAGACUCUUCACAGUCCAAAGUAAAUUGUGUCGAUUCUUCGUGAAAUAUGUUUAUGUGUUUGUUUAUGCUGCUACACUGGCUAUAAUACUAUUUUUUCCCUUCUGUUUGUUUCUCCACUAAUUCCUCUCUCUCUCUCUCUGUUUCUGUGAAUUUUUCUACAAUUUUUGUGAUGUCAAAUAAGUAAAGUUUUUUUAGAGAAAUAAAGUUGAAACAAAAACGCUCUACUUAUUGGUUUUUCUCUCUUGUUUUUUUUUUUAACCAACUACUAAUCACUAACUCACUCUAUUGGUCACUCACUUAUCCGAUAACUCUAACUAAAUUAAACAACAAAUAUAUUCGAUUAUCACUUACACUAUGGAUAAAAUGGGAAUGAAGGACUGCAUUUUAUUUUCUCUUUUUCUCCCUCUCUUUUUUGCCCUUUUUCUGAAUGUUAAAGUUUACUGUGUAUUGUACUGUGUAAAUCCAUUCGCGAUAUAUAUAUAUAUAUAU